AAAACUCUUAUGAAUCGCGCGAGCAUGCACACCUCUCGCCGCCCGCGCACUUUCGAUUAGUGGCAUUUUAUAUUUGCCAGAUGCCGGUAAGUUUUAUAACAGCCUACAUUAACAUCAAGAGGUGGGACACAGUUUUGUAAAGGAUUGCCAUUAAACAUUUGCGGAAAACUGAGACCCGGAGUAGUGGCUCGCCCACCAGCUCUCUAAACUCGAGAAGUACCAGAUGGUGGUUGUUGUCAUUGUGAAAUGGAGUUGUCUGAGCACAUUAAGACGGCUAAUGUUGAAGAUGUUACCCUGAGAAGACCUUUCCAUCCAGCGCUCAGAGGAACCCUGUGCGUAACCAGCCACCACCUUCUGUUCUCAGACAGAAAGGAUGAAGAUUCCUGGCAACUUCUCAUUCUCCUCAGAAACAUCGAUGCCACUGAGAAAAGUGUCGAGAAUCUUUUCGGAUACCCCAGGGCUGUGGGAUCCUCUGGUACUAUCACCAUUAAAUGUAAGGACCUGCUUGUUCUUCAGUUGGAAAUUCCUGGAAUGGAGGAAUGUCUGAACAUAGCCAGUUCUAUAGAGGCUCUCUCGGCUCUGGAAAGUGUGACAGAGAUGUAUCCCUUUUUCUAUAGACCGUCACACCAUACUCUGCAUGGCCCGUGGGGCCUGUCCUCAACAGAGAAAUAUUACAAACAAACAGAAAGACUGUGGGACAGGUGGAGAGUCAGUACAGUAAACUCAGAUUACUCUGUAUGCCCAUCGUAUCCACAUGCGGUCAUUGUGCCUCGCGAGGUGGAUGAUGAGAAGCUGGUCCAGUCGGCCCGGUUCAGACAGGGCGGCAGAUUUCCUGUGCUCUCCUACUGUCACCAUAGGAACGGAAUGGUGAUCAUGCGAAGUAGCCAGCCCUUGACAGGAGCCAAUAGGAAGAGAUGUAAGGAGGAUGAGCUCCUUCUCCAGGCUGUGAUUGAUGGGUCAGUGUUGGGUUACAUUAUCGAUCUGCGUUCUACCCAGCAAGCCCAGCAGGCCCGGAUGACAGGAGGAGGUUUUGAGUCUAAAUCCUCUUAUAGCCACUGGAAAAGAAUCCAUAGACACCAUGAAAGGGGUAAGGUUCUGCAGGAGAGUCUUAUUAAGCUGGUGGAAGCGUGUAGUGACCCGUCUCACAGUGUGGACCGCUGGCUCAGUAAACUGGAGAACUCCAAAUGGCUUUCUCAUGUUCACAGUGCGCUGUCCACUGCAGGACUGGUGGUAGAGUGUGUGGAGAGGGAUGGUCACUCUGUGCUUGUGCAUGGCUCUGAAGGGACAGACAGCACUCUGCUGGUGAGUUCAUUGGCUCAACUUAUCCUAGACCCGGCCUCUAGAACUCUCACUGGUUUCCUCUGCCUGCUGGACAGGGACUGGAUACAGGCUGGACACCCCUUCCAGCAGCGCUGUGCUCAUUCGGCGUACUCUCAUGCCCGUCUGAAGCAAGAGUGCCCGUCCUUCCUGCUGCUGCUUGACUGUGUGUGGCAGGUGUGGCGGCAAUUUCCUCUGGCCCUGGAGUUUAGUGAGGCCCUGCUGCUCCGAUUGGCACAAGAGGUUUACGCUUCUAACUAUGGAACCUUUCUAUGUAACAACGAGCAGGAGAGAUGUGCUGCAGGAGUGAAGGAGAACACACACUGUUUGUUUCAAUCCCUACUGAGUCCUGAUAUUGAAGAGCAGUACCUCAACCCACUGUAUGAACCCACUGAUUUAGCCAUUUGGCCUUCAGUGCAUCCUCAGUCCUUACAACUAUGGACAGGGCUGUUCCUCAGGUGGACUGAGUAUGCUCAGAACAUGGAGGAAGUUCGAGAGGAGGUGUGGAGCAUUGUGAAAGAACACCGUGAGAGAGCGGGACCUGACCGGACCAAUAAUAUGCCUAGUACACACUGUGACACCUUGACCCCAUUUGAGAACCUCAUGGAUGAGCUGACUAUUUUGUGACCUCAUGGUUGAAAGGACAUUGUAGAGACUGUUACUACUAUUAUGCAUGUCUUGGCAAGAAUUAGUCCAAUAAAAUGAAAAUCACUGCCAAUCAGAUAUAUCAGAUAUAAUGUAAUUUACGAAAGUAAUCUGAUGUUCUGUCAUUGAAUAGUAAUCAGACAUGCUUGCAUUUGAAGAUCAGACAUAUUGGCGAUCCUCUGCCUUACUUUCAAGCAAAAUGCUAAUGUAAAUGAUGUGUUUAUUGUAGUGUGUUUGAGUAGUU